UAAUAAACUAUUAAAAGUAAGGGGUGGUGAGGAUCCCAUCUAGACGUGAAAAUCUGGAAUGGUUCAUGCACCUUGCCUGUCCUUUUCCUGUCUUUUCUUGUCUUUCCAAUUCCGAAACAAUAAAAAUAUUUCACUAAUAAAUUUUGUUUUAUCCUGAUUAAUUCCCAAAUUGGUUUUUUGUCAGAAUAUAUAAAAUCACUAAUUGAGCAACACUAACACAAACCAAAACCGAGAACAAUAGCCAAAGCAAUAAUCUUUCCUCUUCUUCUUUAUCAUGUCCUUUCUUUGAAGAUCUUUGCUUUGUUUCAUUUGUCACACUACUUUUUGUUUCCAAGCAGUUCACCCCACCCAUCCCACAGCCUACUUUUCGUGCAGAAUGAGAUUAUAAUCUUUGUGACUGGAUAAUUGCUUACAAAUUGAGAACAAGUCCAUUAUGUCUGAGGGUGUUGUUUGAACAAGUCCACCUAGAAUUGCACUUUGCCAUAUGUCCCGUGUAAGACCUCCUGUAAUGGAUAUAAAAACAGCUUGUGAUGUUGAAUCUGUAUCUAGAAUUCAGCAUGACCUGUGGCCUCUAGAUGAAAUUGAUUCAAAGAAAGCAAAGUUUCCUUGCUGUCUAGUUUGGACUCCACUCCCUGUUGUCUCAUGGUUGGCACCUUUCAUUGGACGUGUUGGCAUUUGCAGGGAGGAUGGAGCAAUUUUGGACUUUUCAGUAUCAAAUUUUGUGAACGUUGAGGAUUUUGCUUUUGGUGCUGCAGCUCGAUAUGUUCAACUUGAUAGAAAAAAGUGUUGCUUUCCUCCAAACCUUGCGGGGCACACUUGCAAGCUUGGUUAUCAGCAUUCGGAGUAUGGGACUGCAGUUACAUGGGAUGAUGCCCUGCAGUCGAGUAUGCAUCACUUCGAGCACAAGAGCUACAACCUCUUCACAUGCAACUCUCACUCAUUUGUUGCCAAUUGUCUCAACAGACUCUGCUAUGGUGGAUUAAUGGAUUGGAACAUGCUAACUGUGGCAGCUCUGAUACUUUUUAAUGGGCAUUGGGUUGAUAGCAUGUCCAUAAUAAGAUCAUUCUUCCCUUUCACAGUGGUGGUCUGCCUGGGGUUAUUUCUGGUUGGCUGGCCAUUCUUGGUUGGACUGUUCUCAUUCUCUCUUCUCCUUAUGGGGUGGUUUCUGUUGGGUACUUACUGUGUCAAAACCUUAUUGGAAAGCUAGAGCGUUUCUUCAUUAAAGUUGAUUUUUUUGUUAGUUAUUAGAAUAAUGUACACUUCAUUUUCUGGUUUAUGCAAGUAGUUUUCCCUAAAGCUCCAAUCAAAGCACAAAUGAACAACAAUAACAUCGCAUUUGCACCCCAGCUCUCCAGCCAGGAGGCUAAGAGUCUGGGAUUCCAUGAAAACAUAAACCCAUUUACUUGUAAGUUUACAUUAAAGUUGAGAUUAAAACUGCAAUGUGAUCAUUAACAUUAUCGACUGCUGUCAGCAGUGAGAAAGUGUAAGAUCAUGCCAGCUUAAGUUGAGAUAAGAUCAAGAGCAACAUCAUCAAAGAAAAAAGGAUUUCAGGCGUAUAGGACGCGCAAUAAGCUUUAUCACUUGGCUUAUUUUGUGCUUAUAUUGAAAAGAUGGUUUUUAAGUAAUGCAAAUGGAGACAAAUAAAGUUCCUCUUAUGCACCAUACUUGGGCUCCUUCCAAAGCUUAAAUGCCAUCUCAUGCAGCAAUCUGUCAGCUGGUAUGGUGAGACUUCUGGAAAGCUGCAACGAAAAAAUACUUGAUAGUUGAUAUAAUAAGCACAAAAAACUGAAGCAACUAUUAAAUC